AUGUAUGGACAGUUAGUCAUGGGCUUGUUUUAUAAGAGGAGGACUGCAUGUGUUGGGUGGACAGAUGGGCAGUUGGUUCCCACUGCAGUUAAGUUAAUUGAGAAGAUGCUGAAAUUAGUUGGUAAGUUCAAGACAAUUGGAUGUGUGGCAGGCAAGAUAUAUUCAGUAACUAACAGAGACAAAAAUAAAAUGUUUACUGUUAAUAUUGUUAAUCAAGUAUGCAGUUGUGAGCAGUGGCAAAUGAGAGGAUUUCCCUGCCAACAUGCAGUUUGUGCAUUGAAGACAAUUAGAGUUGAUUGGCCUAAAUGUUGCAGUCCUUACUUUAGAGUGGAAUCAUAUAGAGCCACAUAUGCACCAGUUGUACAUCCUUUAGAUGACCCAAAGGACUGGGUAAAGGUAGACAUGAAGCUCAAUACUCCCAUCUCAAGUAGAUCUGCAGGAAGACCAAGAACUAAAAGGAUAAAGUCAUAUGAUGAACCUAGAGUUUAA